AUGAUAAAAACUAUUUUAACUAUUGCUCUUUAUGUGUCCGUUGAGUAUUGCCGUGGUCAAUACUUCGACUACCACGACCUUGAACUCGGCCGGCACUAUACCAAUCUUACUACCAAAGGCGACCUGGUCUCAGAUAUCUAUCGAGUUGUUGUAGACACAAAAAAUCCGCCUCCAGCAAUCAGAGUUUCUGUAGCGUCCGAGAACGCCUCACUUAAACACAUAUUGGCUGUGACUGUGGUUCGUGGAAAGACUGUGCAUAAUAUUGCACUCUCUCGUCUUCAAUCUCAUAGAAACAAACAGUACGAGUACUGGUUCGCUACGGACACACUUUGCGAUAACGACCGAUCUAUUGAACAGCGUGGACAGCCAGUUCACGUAUCAGUUAGCAGUAUAUUACCAAGCAAGUUUGGUUUGCUUGUAAAAUCGGUCGAGAAUUUUAAUAUUGGAACCGAGAUUAUAAAAACGGCAGCAACCCCUCCUGAACCACGCUGA